CAUUGGCGUUUUAACUGUGGACGGUUGCUACUCGCACUCGCUGGCGGAUUAACGGCAUAGAUAUACAUACUUAUAUGUACACAUGCAGCUACAUAUAUAUAUCUAUAUAUCUGAAGCUAUUAUGUGCAAGUCUGCGUAGAGAGAAGGGAGAGGCGUUCCAACAACCAACAACAACAGAAAGAAACACCCAUUCUUAACGAAAUUUAGCGCAAAUCUAAACCAACAUACUGCUACGAACAUUCCAAACAUAAAAAUCAACCAACAAAAAACCGAUAAAAUGUUGUACCAACGCAGUUGAUUAAGAAAAACUCACCCAAAAACAAAACAAAAAAUAAAACCAAAAACAUAAAUUAACACCAAUAAAUAAAUAUAUAUAUAAAUAAUUAAAAUAUAUUCGUUAUCGAUAAGCGUUCAACCUUAAGCCCACAAGAAAAAAUAGUUUAAACAAAGAACUAGCUUUAUAGACAGGACACCCUCCUACAACAACAACCAACCAACAAAUACACAAAACCAAAGUGACAAAACACCAAUUAAAGCCUAAUUCUCAAGUUAAAACCCGAUUAAAAAAGAAAAGCAGUAAAAAUGUCCGAUAAGAAAAUUGGUGAAUAUUAUUCGCCGCCGGUAAAAAUGGGAAAAUGGGAGGGUUUCAAAAAAUUCCUAUGGAACAGUGAAACUAGCCAAUGCCUUGGACGUACCGGUUCAAGUUGGGCAAAAAUUCUACUAUUCUAUAUAAUAUUUUAUGCGGCGUUAACUGGAUUCUUUGCUGCCAUAUUUACGGUGUUCUAUCAAACAUUGGACAACGAGAAGCCCAAAUGGAUGCUUGACAAUGGUUUGAUUGGAUCCAAUCCAGGUCUUGGCUUCCGACCAAUGCCACCAGAGGCGAAUGUUGAGAGCACUUUAGUUUGGUACGAAUCAUCGAAGAAAGAUAACUACCAGUACUGGGUCGAUGAAACUGCACGAUUUCUGAAAUAUCACACUUACGAGGACGAGGAUAAACAGAACCAUGUAAACUGCUCCUUCGAGCAUCCCCCACCAGAGGGCAAGGUGUGCGGUGUUGAGGCCUCAAGCUUUGCACCCUGCACAAUUGAGAAUAACUUUGGCUAUCAUGUGGCCCGGCCCUGCAUAUUCCUCAAGUUGAAUAAGAUUUACAACUGGAUACCAGAAAUUUACAACGACUCAAAAGCUUUGCCCGACCACAUGCCCGAGGAGUUGAAGCAGCACAUCAAGGAGAAGCAACAGCUGCGACCAAAUGAGACUGGCGUCGUUUGGGUAUCCUGCGAGGGUGAGAAUCCCGCCGAUGUUGAGAACAUUAAGGCUCGCGAUUACUAUCCGCGCAUGGGUUUCCCACGCUUCUAUUUCCCAUUCAAAAAUAUUGCCGGCUAUAUACCGCCCAUCGUCGCUGUACAGUUCACUGUCGAAACCGGCGUCUUGAUCAACAUUGAAUGCAAAGCCUGGGCCCGCAACAUCAAUCAUGAUCGCUCGGACAGGAGAGGAUCCGUCCACUUCGAGUUGAUGGUCGACUAAGAGAUGCGUUAAUCAUCUGGAGCAGCAGCGGAGUGAGCAGCGCAGAGAAAGCAAUGA